AUGGAUUUCCGUCCGCCGAGCGGGCAUAUCAGCUGGCUCCCUCGCCGGCGCUCUCAAGCGCGUUCUUCGCUGUUCCUCGCGAGCACACCAUUCACCCUCGCUCUCAAGACUGUCCUCCCGCCUCUGCUUCGAGUCUCCUUCCCUCCAUCACCUCGCCUCGCCUCUCGCCUCAUAUUCACUGCCCUCUCAUCUCCCUUCGCCCCAGACUUCCUUACACUCCCGAAACCUCUCCGACACGUUCCAGACAAUACCCCGCCACCCUAG